GGUAGGGGAUACACAUUUCACUGGCAGCCAUAUUGGAGGGAUACACAUAUCACUAGAGAUAUGUGUACGGGGAUACACAUAUCACGGGGAUACACAUAUCACUGUGACACCGGGGCUUAUUUUCGGAAUUUUACGGUAUCUAGUUCUUUCCGAGAGGAACGCGUGGGAGGCUAUACUUUUCGAUCAUCUUCGCUCGAUUUGUACGUUUCUCGGUUGCUAUGUGCUUUUUCGACGCUGAUUUCUGGUAAGUGAUCACUAUUUGCAAUAAGUUUGUGCUGUUUUUCACUGGCAUCGAGACUUGUCUCUUGACCAGUGUGUCUGUUGUUUUCUCCUAAAAGUUUUUCUAGUUUUUUUUGGUGCUUUCUGCGAUAUUUCAAUAUGGCGGCCAAUAUGCGAUACAGUCAACUCCCGAUAACUCGAACCUUCAAGGGAAAUCGAAAAAAGGUUCGAGUUAUCGGGAGUUCGAGUUAUCGCGAGUUCGAAGAAAAUAGCCUAGAUUAAGGUAAAAGACAGUUUUUAAUGCACAGUGAACAUUUUAAUCACAUUUAAUUGUAGAAAUGUCAAGUGAAAAUUAAAAGAUACUUCUAGAUUAUAAAUCAGAACGUAACGUAACAAAACAUAGCCUAAAUAAAGCAUUCGUUUUACCGUUUUGAGAAGAAAAGCUGCUUCACGUUAGCCUGUGACAAUCAACAUCAGCCUCCACUAGUAAACUAUACUCCUACAACACGUCAAUAGGAAAUCCAAAAUUCAAUGUUUCGGACACCAGUAGACGGCUUUUUUCGAGUUAUCGAGAGUAAAAUUAUGUAGAAAAUGACCUGAGGGGAAACGGAAAUUGGUUCGAGUUAGCGGGAGUUCGAGUUAUCGAGGGUUCGAGUUACCGAGGGUAAAAUUAUAGUGAAUGUAUGGCGGAAAUCCAGGGGAAAUCGAUUUUGGUUCGAGUUAGCGCGAGGUUCGAGUUAGCGAGGGUUCAAGUUAUCAGGAGUCAACUGUAUUUUAAACAAAAUAGCCAUCCCUGAAUUACAGUGUUUGUUUGGCUAUCGUGGUCAAGCGACUCGUGCAGCUCAGAAGCACCUUCUAUAGCUGCCUUCGCGUCCAGCAUAUUUCAAUGAGACUUCUCUUUCGAUCAAGACAGAAAUUAUUCCCUGGCUUUUGGAAACAAAUAAUGUCCUUAAGGACACAAUUAUCUCCCUUGUGGAAACAGAACUUGUCUUUCGAGACACAAGUAAUUCCCUCUUGGGAAGCAAUGAAGUCGUUUCUCGGCGCACAACUGUCAGCUCACAAGCAACCCAAACAUACGUAGUGUGUGUCAAUAACAUGGACAAACUGGGAUGAGUCGUUGAAUCUAAUACCAUCUGACACUCUUACGAGCCGCUACAUUUAAAAACCCUAUUAUCGAACUAAAAUAGCCCAGAAGUCAAAAUAUAACAAAACAAAGCUAACUUACGUUUAACUGGACGUCUCUUUGUCAGUUCUGGCUGGUUAAAGUGGCAUUUUGUCGAGUUUUACACUCAUAGGUACUAUCCACUAAAGAAGAAGUAAAGGCUGGCUACAAAAACUCAACAAAAUCCACUUUAACCAGCCAGGACUGACAAAGAGACGUGUUAAAGGAAUGUUAGCUUUGAUUUUUUUUUACUUUUGGGCUAUUUUAGUUCGAUAAUAGGGUUUUUAAAUGUAGUGGCUUGUUAGGGUGUCAGAUGGCAGAUUUGACGACUCAUCCCAUUUUGUCCAUGUUUUGUCCACACUACGUCUGGGCCGCCCGUGGUUAGCUCCGUUUUGGGUGUUGAGCAAUGAUCUGACAGCUUCUAAGCCCAAGCUUUUUUGUAGUUUGGAACAAAUGUCUUUGGUUCAUUGUUUUUUAAAAGAGAAUUACUGGUAUACAAAACUGUUUUUGGUUCACAAGAGGUUAAAAAUGCAGUUAAGAUUAUUGAUUUUAAUUUACGCAAUAAGCUAAUACAUCUUAUACUGGUGAAGUAGAUGUUUCUUAUGAGUACAGGAAACCUGACUUUCCUCUACAAUACAGGCAUUCUCAACAGCUUUCACGAUUGAUGACUCCCAGACCCAGAGAUAGAGACCAUCAAGAAUAACAAUGGCAAAACUUAUAGGUUCAUUAAAAUGUAGAAAAAAAUACAAAAAAUGGCUCUCAGUCAUUUCCCAUCUCAACAGUUUUGCGUAGCAUUGGUUAUUAUAAACAACGGCAUUUCAGGUAUUUUCAAAGACAACUUUUUUUACUGCAGUUUUUUUUACAAAGGUUAAGAAAUUAAGAGCGGUUUUAUAUAACGAAUCAGGAAAAACUCUUUUAUUGUCUGGAGAUGUCGAAUCUAACCCAGGUCCCAUUACUUAUGCUGCCAGAUGUAUUUCAUCUGUAGCGACAGGCAGAGGUGUGUCAGAUUUCUUGUUCAACUAGUUCUGUUAUAAAACCUUGUUUUCAGAAUUAGAUCAAGAAAUACUUAAAUAUUGUCUUAUGAUCAUGUUAAGUUCCUGUUGCCACACCAAAAUUAGUUGUCCCUUAGUCCCUUUUUCUCUGUCAUACUGUAUGUUACCUUGUCACAAAUUAUAAUGAGUUUUACCCGUUAUAUUGUAUUUAUCAAGCUUGUUAAAUACAUUUACUACGUUGUGUUUAACUCAACUGUUUAUUCUCUCAUCUGACUUCUCCUUUAACUGGUCCUUGUAACAUAACAACACAGCUAACCCCUUUAUUACUCUCUGUCACCUGCAUAGCAGGCCUAGAGAGAGAGGGAAUUAGUGUUACAUAUCCCCCACCCUCUACCCUUUUUACGCCUGCCUUACAGAUUACACUCUGUGACACUUCCAGACUUCAGCGUAAAGAAUGGUCCAUCGAAACUGACGGAUCUUGAAAAAAAAGCCACUGUCCAAUCUCCGCAUUCCAAAUAAAACUUGGCAUCUUGUCCUGGCAAGAUAUUAUGAAUUAACCUCUCGCAACGCCCUAAACAACAUUACAAAGACUGAAACCACAUCCACUCCUUCAAGUGGCUAUUUUUGCCUUUUUUUCCCUUGCCAUUGCGCAGUUGAACCGGAAGUCUGUGAAUUGGAACCAGCCAGAGCUCUUGAUCCCCGAUGCUGACCAAAAGGAUCAAAGCUCUGGGAUAAGAAUGAGUGGUGCCAAGUCAGGUCGAGAAUAGUACUCCUUAAACCUCUCAGUAAAGUUACUGGGCCUUAGAUUGCAGUCAAUUUGGAAGGUAAAGAUGUGACAGUUAAGACAUUUUUCAUCAUAUAUUCACAGGUAAACAGCUGAUUGAAGUCCUGGAUUAAAGUAUAGUGUGUGUCUCUAUCUUCUGGUCAUGUCAAGGUUAUCAUUAUCACCGUCAUCACCAGUGCCAUCACUGGCAUCAUCACCAGCAUCAUCACCACAAUCAUCACCACUGGCUUCACUACCAUCAUCACCAGCAUCAUCUUUAUCAGAUGAUGAGGAGACUUGCGGUCAUGAUUUCGAGUUCCUGGAAGAUUUAAAUGAAGAUUAUAAAUGUCCUGUAUGCCUUAUGGCUAUGAACAACCCUGUUCAGACCAAGGGAUGCGGCCAUCGCUGUUGCCGUAAAUGCUUGUUGGAAUCCUUUAACAGGUAUUACUACCUUUUUCAUGUCUCUUCUCUGUGAUUUAGUUGUGAAAUAUUAUUUAAUUCUGCCUCCAUGACCAAGAACAAUAACUCUUAUUCACCAUACCCGCCAUUAUUGAUGGUGUAAAAGCAACGUCACGUGGUUUCUCAGGGGGGAAACAUGCAAAAAAAUUUUCCAAUGUAACAAAUCGCAGUUGAGUUUGUUCAUUCUAGACAACAGAAAAUGAAGAACUUUUCAUCUUAAUGAUGAUAAUGGCAAAUUGUGGGUGGAAUUGAUUGUUGUCACUUUUCUGGAUGCAGUAGCCACCAUACAGUGUAGAUGUCCUUUUUUGUGUAGCAAACAAUAAUGGCAUAAAUUCUGUCAAAACUUGAACUGUACAUUUUGCAUGACCAUCAAACGGUCUUCUCAUUUUGAUAGUAAGAAUAAACAAACUCAUCCGCAAUUACUUGUAUUGGCAAAUUUUAUCACUUGUUUGCCCCGUGAAAUACCUCGAUCGUGACACUGCUUUUAUCCCAUGUGAAAAGAUGGCAGGUAUCGUGUAUAAGGUCUGUUUCAUGCAGAUGACAUAUAUCCAAGUUAUGCACCUAUCAAUGUCAAGCCUGAGGGGGGCUCAGGGUCGGGCAAGUAGUGGGGAAUUUGACAUUUUCUGAAAAAAAUGAGUCAAAUUCCCCACCCCAGGGACAACAUAAUUGAUCAGUUAUCAAAAUCACCCAUCCUGGGGCAAGUAAAGGUGAUCAAAUACCCUUCAGACCUUGCUGCACACAAGAGGAGUAUAGUGCAGAAAUUAAAUUACAACAGAGUCAACAAAAUCACAUAACAGCAAAAAGUGUGUGGUUUAUUUCUUUUCUUUUUCAGGCCCUUUUUAGGAAAGAAAACUAGCUUUUUAACCAACUCUUAGGUUUUAAGUUUAAUAUACUUACCAUGGGAUAACUUUCGAGCUUUCACCAUAUUUGACAAGAACCUGGAACAAACCAUUCUACAUUCAAAAAUACACAAAUCUUCUGUUUUUUAUGUCACAAACUCAAGGCAGAGCAUCUAUUGAAAUGAUGCCAGGCAGGAAGCAAACUUUUAUAAAUUAUGAACUGGAAAAACAUUGUGUUAUAAACCUUCAAAGAUAGAUAACUGACAGGCGUUAAAAAUGACAUUGUUUCUUUAGAAGCAACCAAAUCCAUGUACCACUCACCUUUGGUUCAGCCAUUGCUCUGACAUGAAGGCGGGAAAUUCAAUCAAAUGCCUUCUGGGUAUUUUCCAAGAUAGUUCAUUUCCAGGUCCUCUCCUCUCUCUCCACUCUCUAAUCAGGAGAUCAAGGUGGCGACAUUCAAAAUUCCCCACCCCGGGAACAUCACGUAUGAUCAAAAUCCCUACCCUGGGGACAGACCUCAAAGUCAAAUUCCCAUGGUUAGCCCGACCCUCCACCCUCAGGCUUGACAUUGAAAGAUGCAUUACUAUAUUUUUUGUACAUGUAUUUUUAAGGUGGUAGUCAUGCAUGGGUGGUCCCCUUGUCGAUUACCAUAUAAUGUAAUGUUUUGCUUCAAAAUGGCAUCAAUCUAAACAAUACCAUUUUAGGGAAAUAUUUUUUCCUGAAGCUGAUAUGCAUUUGGUACCAAAAACCCAACCUUAUUGUAGUAGACACUGUACACGACAAACCUGUACUCAGUUAAAAUGAUGACAGAUUUCAAUGAGUUAACACAAUUUGAUCACUGGAAAACAGUAGCAAGAUAAAGUGACAUGUUUCAAGCCCAUGUUUGACCACUUGCAUUGAGGCUGAACGUUGAAACAUCAAUUUUGUACUUUCAUGUGUCACUGUGGUGCUGUUGACACAAGGAGCUGAUUUUAUACUCUUGAAAAGUGACUCAAAGCAAACAAACAUGGAAAUAAUGCCAUUUUUGUAUUAAGUUGUCAAAGAUUUUAGUCAUGAAUUCUUUUGCAGUUUUCACGCUCUUUGUUCCCCUCACUCAGUUUCAAAAUACAGCUUGUGUGACACUGGGUUAAUAUUCUUAACUGGCUUUGAUAUAACUAGUAAUAGUUGACACUACAGCUGCCCCUGCUCUGUAUAAUUUAGGUCAAUAGUAUUCUUGGUUGCUGUGUACCUCUUUGAAAUAAUUAUACCGAUUCAUAAUGAAGAUUUUCACACAUAUUCCAUACAACAGGUGAGAUAAAUACAGGAAACGCAAGGUUCCAUGCACAGUUUCAGCUCAAUUUACACAGCUUUGAUCAAAACAUUCUCAGUUUCGAGAAUCAUGAGUUUAUUCUAAACCAUAAGAAAAGAUUUAAUUAGAAGUUGAAUUUUUUGCUAUUUCUCUUUCACUUUUUACAUGCAGUUCAUUUUAUUUGCCGGAAAGUAAGCCUUAGAAAUUAAAAGGGCGUUUGAUCAAUUCAUGCUCGCACAUUCUAUAGUCUUCUUUUAAACUUUAUUGCUGAAGGACAUCUGUGAGCAGGGAAUAAGGACGAAUAAGUCAGCACAGAAUUUGAUUGUUGGCGAAUUUCUGUAAUCAUCCAUCGUUCUGCUAGCUAUAAGCUAGCCGAUGUUCACUCGUCUUGCUUGUUUGGGGCUGGGUCUUAUUCCAGUCAAAGAGAGAGAAAGAGUGUCUGGCAAGGUCUCCAAUCAGAGAUUUGUGACAAGUGAACUCGUGUCUGGCAAACUCUCCAAGUGUUUAUAUAUACACAGUUAUACGCACCUUAUAACUUCAUCUGUGCUUUACGAGUGUCUUUUGAUCCAUAACUUUCAAAACAACUGCUCCACAGAAUGUCACUGAUGACACGUAAUGCAAAAGAGUAUUGAAAUAUGACUGCACAAUAAAUGUCACAACAUCUACCUAGGCGGUCCCUUCGGGAUUUUCUGUUUUUAUGUCAUCCUAACAAUUUCGUACUUGUGGGCACAAACAGUAGAAACAUCAUCAUUAUCUACCGAUUCCUCGUGGCCCCUGUUCAAGCAAAUCAAGAUUUUUUCUAUAUUGACUGUAUGACUGUAUAUUUCAACUGUAAGUACUUUCCUUAAUACACGCGGAAGUUACUAGAGUGCCUCCUCAGGAUUUCGCCUUCUGGGCGAAAUCCCUGCAGGGGCAAUAAUUUUAUGUUGCUGUUUGGACUAAUUAUGUGGUAAAAAAAACUUGACAUCUACUUGAUACAUAGAUGUGCAUGUAUUAUAAUCACAUUUUUAAUUUUUAAAAAAUUCUCAAAACACAUAUAUUUGGGUAUUAGCACAUGAUUGUGACAAAGAGAAUAGACUGUGUGCAGUUAACCAGUGUCUAUAAAGCAGGGCUGAUGAUUUAUAAAAGUUUGUGACUUGGGACACAAAGAGGUGUCUGUUGUCCAUAUAAACUGGUGUCCGUAUUAAGCAGGUUAAUUCCAGGGAAAAAAUGAUAUGAGCUUUCUGUCGUGACAAACAGAACGGGUCUGUUAUAAACUGGUGUGCGUAGAGCGGGGUUCCACUGUACUGUGUUUUGCCUGUUGGCGUAAGUAUUCACUGAAAGGGUACAAUUACAGCUGUACAAAGUUAGCCACUGAUUAUUAGCUCCUGAACAGAUUUUAAAACAGACACUACGAAUCUCUUUUUCAUGAAAAUCCUGUGAAAAUGUGUUGAAAAACCCAUGAACUUUUUUUCAAGGCCAUGAAAACAGCGAUUUCGGAUUUCAUGGUGCUAAAUUAAGUCAUGAAAUUUUUAACAGUUAUUUUCAUGAACCAUGAAAAGUAAACAAAGCCAUGAAUACGGAUUUUCAUGGGUCAUGAAAGUCUCAUAUGUUUUAUAGUGAUACAUUUCAUGACCCCUGAAAAGGCAAUUACAGCCUGGCAUGUAUUUCAUGGGUGAUGAAAGUUCUAAUGGCCAAUGAAAUUCCCAUGAAGGCACAAUUAAAAAGCCAUGAAAGUGUCCAACUCACACUAGCACAAAAGUAGACGUUAAUGCCUUAGAGAAAUGUUGCACACAUUU